AUGGAAAAUGCAGUUCAUGAUGUUAUCGGUGGAGAAUUACAAGCAGUUUCUUCUUGUGAAUCAACUGAAGAUAGACAAAAAGGCAGUGAUCUGCAGCAGUCUCCAAAGGCUUCUCAAACAUCAGAAGAUGCUAAUUGCUUGUCUCUGAGUCAGUGGUUUGCUGUGCUGCUGCUAAAGCUUCAAUUAAAGUACCAUGUUAGCAAUAUGGUGAUGAUUCUUUUUAUGAAAAUUAUUGUGGUCUUACUAGCAGUGGUAACUCAUCCUCUGCAACACCAUUUUCUUACAACAAUGCAGAAACUGCUUGCAUGUUCCCGGAUUAGCAAACAUCCUAAAUCGGCUGUCACUUAUGUUGUCUGUCCAGAGUGUUCACACUUGUAUAUCUUUGACGAUUGCAAAAUGGUAAAGCCACUAGAUUAUUGCGAGCAACACUGCCAGCAAAGAAUUUGUAGAAAAGUAUGCAAUGAGCCGCUUCUUUACAAAAAGAAUCUUAGCUUUGGCAAUUUCAAAUGGGUUCCUUUCAAGACAUUUUGCUAUUGCCCUUCUUCGGAGCUACUGAAAACUUUCUUUAAGAGACAGCAGUUUGUGGAUUUGUUAGAUGCUCCACUGGAUGAUUCGGGCAAUGUGCCUCCUGCAUUGCGUAAAGGAAUAUGGGAUGUUUGGCAUGGAAACGUAUGGCGCCAGUUGAAGGACAAUAGAGGCUGUCAAUUUUUUAGUGACAAAUUCAAUAUUGGGUUGACUCUCAAUGUGGAUUGGUUUUGUCCUUUUUCUCGUUCACCGUAUAAAGUUGGUGUUAUGUUCAUGUCGGUUCUGAACCUACCACGUAAACAGCGGAUGAAACAGAAGUGGACUAUGCUUGUCGGCAUUAUACGUGUACCAGGUCCAUCUGAACCAAAGCUACAUAUCAAUGACUUUCUAAGACCUUUAGUUGAUGACUUGGAGCUGUUGUGGAAUGGUAUAGAAGUUGUUCUAGCUGAUGGUUCUAUCAAAGCAGUGAAAGAAGCUCUUGUGUGUGUGUCUUGUGAUUUACCAGCAUCUCGAAAGGUUUUGCAGUUUUUGGGUCACAAAGCAGAUCUUGGUUGUAGCAAGUGCAAAUUUCAAGUUGAGAGAGAACCGGGAACACAUGGAGCAUCAGGCAAAAUGAGCUACUACACCAAUGGGGAGACUUUUUUGUCUAUAUUUUUUAGAAGUGGAGCAGAGGUUCGCCAGCAAACACUGGCAUACAGAGACGCUUCAACUAAGGCUCAACAGGACCAUCUUGCGAAAGCCAAUGGAGUAAGAUAUUCGGAACUGUUAAGAUUGCCAUAUUUUGACUCUGUAAAGAUGGCAGCUGUCGAUCCGAUGCAUUGCUUCUUUUUGGGAUUGGUAUCUCAUGAAAUAUCGCUAAUCCAGGGAACUAGUAAUGAUUCAUUUUCUAUGCUAUCUGCAAAUCAAGUCAUAUUGAAAGAACGAAUAAAAGCUUUAAACUAG